CGAGGAGCCACCAGCCAAGAAGCAGAAACAGGAGGAAGAGGAGGACCGCGAGGAAGAGGAGGAGGAAGAGGAGGAGACGGAGGCCAAGGCCGGGGAGACGGAGGAGGAAGAGGAGGAGGAGCAGGAGGCGGGGCCAAGCUGUGACAUCACUGAAGGCGCCACAGUGGAGAAAAAAGACUCGGCAGAGAAACUUCCAGAAAGUUCAGACGACACGAAACCAGAGGAGGACAUGGAGACGUCGACCAAUCAGAACGGACAGACAGAGGCCCCGCCCCCUGCUGAGCCCAGUGUGGCGGCUCUCCCGCCCUACGACCCCGACAACCCCGUCGGCGUGGAGCAUGUGAAGAUGGGAUACUACUGCCGCCUCUGCUUCCUGUUUUACUCCAAUGAGGAAAAAGCCAAGAAGGCGCACUGCAGCAGCCAGGCGCACUACGACAAGCUGCAGAAACACCUGGAGAAGGAACGGGCCAAAGCACAGAAGAAGAAGCUGAAGAAGACGGCGGCCUGAAGAAGAGUUUCAAUUUUUUUGUUUUUAUGUUUUAGAUGUUUGUCGACCCGACCCGUCAGAACGAACCGGGUCGGGACCAGUCUGGAUGUGGAUCUGCUGUUCAGAACAUUUUACACAAUAAAUUGGUUCCUCAGAA